CCUCACAAGAAAAAGAAACCCUUCAUAGAAAAGAAGAAAGCAGUAACAUUUCACUUGGUACACAGAAGUCAGAGGGAUCCACUUGCUGCGGAUGACACUGCGCCCCAGAGAGUUCUGCUGCCAACACAGAAAGGGCAUGAGGAGCUAAGGAGGGAAGAGCAGCGGAAGUACGGUGUCUUCUUUGAUGACGACUACGACUAUUUGCAGCAUCUAAAAGAAGCCUCUGGUCCCUCUGAGCUUGUCCCUUCUGUGCAUGGACGGCAAAGCAGAAUUGUUGUCACAAGCGAGGGGCAUAUACAAGAUGAAAUUCAGCGAGUCCCAGCUCCAUCUAUUAAGUUGCCUUCCUCGGUGUUUGCCACAGAGUUUGAAGAGGAUGUGGGCUUGUUAAAUAAAGCUGCUCCUGUCUCAGGACCACGGCUAGAUUUUGACCCUGAUAUUGUUGCGGCUCUUGAUGAUGAUUUUGACUUUGACAAUCCAGAAAAUCUCCUGGAAGAUGAUUUUGUUCUACAAGCAAAUGAGCUACGGAAUGGGGGAUCAGAUGCCGGGGAUGAAGAUGAAUGGGAAGAUGUGGAAGAAGACAGUGAUGAAAAGGAUAGUUGCAGUGAUGAUAAAGACUAUGGUUCAGAAGGCCCCUUAUCAGAUGAUGAGGUUAAUGGACGAACAAAAGAAUUUCUUUUUAUGCAAGAGGAAACCAGGAGUCGCUUCACGGAAUAUUCUAUGACAUCUUCAGUAAUGAGGAGGAAUGAGCAGUUAACCCUGUUGGAUGACAGGUUUGAGAAGUUUUUUGAACAGUUUGAUGAAGAUGAAAUUGGAGCCUUGGACAACGUGGAGUUAGAAGGUUAUAUUAACACAGACAAUGCUCGGUUGCAGGAAGUCCUGAAUGAUUACUACAAAGAGAAAGCAAAGAAUUGUGUGAAAUUGGAUGCUCUUGAACCUUGUGAAGAUUUAGACUCUGCUGUGAAUGAAGAAAGUGAAGAAGAAAAGGAAGAGGUAGUGGCUGUAGUUAUUGAUGAACCAAAAGAAAAGUGGGAUUGCGAAUCCAUUUUGAGUACGUACUCAAACUUAUAUAAUCACCCAACGCUUAUUAAGGAGCCAUCAAAGCCCAAACCAAUAAAGAUUUCCCAGAAGACAGGAAUUCCCCUACACGUCCUGCCUCAGAAGGGUCUUACUGCCAAGCAGAUGGAGCGCAUGCAGCUGAUCAACGGCAGCGACCUGCCCAGAACAUCCACACAGCCCCGGGCCAAAGGCGAGAGCAGAGAGGGUCGCAGAGCGAGGAAGCAGGCGGUGAAAGAGGAGCGCAAGGAACGCAGAAUGGAGAAGAAAGCCAACAAGCUAGCCUUCAAACUGGAGAAGACAAGGCAAGAAAAAGAGUUGCUCAACCUGAAAAGGAAUGUUCAAGGCCUGAAGCUGUCUUGA